GGCGGAAGCAAUCGUUUCACCCAAGCAGGCUCGCCUUGUGUAGCGUGGGUGAGGAUGGCGACGGUGGUGGAGGAUGUCCUGGCGGACGUGGAGCGGGCCGAGGCCGAGUGCCUCAAGAGUAUCAGCGUCGAGAAGGAGCUAGAGCUCGAGUUUGACCUGGGGAACCUGACGGCGUUCGACGUGAACGCCCCAAACGUCCGCGACUUCCGACACAACCCCGAGCAGUUCCUGCGCUCCCUGGCCCGCGACAACACGCAGCUGCUGGUCAACGCCGUCUGGAAGUUGCCCACCGAGCGGGUGCAGGACGUGAUCGUGGCCAAGCUGCCCCAGGGCACCACGCGUAUCCCCCGCGAGAAGGCUGUGCCCAAGCCCCGGCCGCGCACCCGCUGGGAGGAGUUCGCCAGACUCAAGGGUAUCCGAAAGAAAAAGAAAACUAACUUGGUCUGGGACGAGGAGAAGAAAGAUUGGCGGCGGCGCUGGGGCUACAAGAGAGCCAACGAUGAAACCAAACACUGGGUCAUUGAGGUGCCUGAGACGGCCGAUCCCAAUGAAGAUCAGUUUGCAAAACGUGCCGCAGCUAAAAAAGAAAGAGUGGCGAAGAACGAACUGAAUAGGCUGCGUAAUAUCGCUAGAGCUCAGAAGAUUACAGUACCGACCAUGGGACUAGCCCCAACCAGUCAGCCCAGUAAGAGUGAUCUAAGCAAAGCCAUUCACGUGGCGAAGACCUCCACAGCUUCAGUUGGCAAGUUUCAAGAUAAAUUACCCAAGGAAAAGGAGCUGAAGAAUAAAGCCAAUAAGAGGAAAUUCCAGCCCCUGAUCGGAGAUUUUUCUGCAGAGAAACAGAGCCAACUAGAACUUUUAAAAAUUAUGGCCAGCAAGAAACCAAAACUAGACCUCACAAAAGCUGUAAAUAAGCAGCUUCGUGAAGAUGAGCAGGAGCAGGCAGCAAAACGAAAGAAAGUGGGGUCAAAAGGCAGAAAAGGACAUAAAAACUAUCAUCGAAAAGAUGGAAAACACCAACAUCGAAAAUCAGCCAGUAAGAGAGGAAGGGGUAAAUGAACAUUGCGAAUGGAACUCUUGGUAUUGUACUUUCUGAUUUAAAAUGAACUGUAGUCUUGCGAUGGAAAUGUCUAGUCCAUAACAUGACAACUUUAACAUUGUUCAUAUUUAAAAUAAACUGAAUUAUAGUUUUCAUUUGGUGAGAACAAUGAAUUAAAUAAGUUACAAUUUUAGCUAAAGAACCAGCUAAAUGGUUUUAUAUUGUAUUAAACGAAUACAAACCUUGAAUAAAAUGGCCUUCCCCACCACUAUUCGUUGUUCUCACUUUACUUUAAAAUGACCAAUAGUACCCAGGUGAGUGUUGUUCAAAAUGUCACCUACUUUAUUUAUUUAUUGAGACACUGCGGAAUAGGGCCUUCGAGCCACGCUGCCCAGCUACCCCCCCCCAUUUAAUCCUAACUUAAUCGCGGGAUAAUUUACAACGACCUAUUAACCUACCAACUGCUACAUCUGUAGACUGCGGGAAGAAACCGGAGCACCUGGAGGAAACCCAUGCGGUCACGGGGAGAAGGUGCAAACUCGCCAGAGGCAGCAACAGUAAUUGAACCCUGGUCCCCGUGCUGUAAAACGUGCUGACAGUAUGCUACCGUGCUGCCCUUUAAGGCUUUUCUGCCGUAAUUAGCUAACUGAUUCUGUUUUCAAGUUGAUUACUUGUAUGAUUGUAAAUAAAACUUCAAGAUCUAAUAUAGUUAAAAAUGCAAAUAUGCAUUUCCUAUUUCUUAAUGGACAAUGAUCUUAUUUAGUAACAUUAGGAAAGUAGAUUUCCAGGGAAUAUAAGUAGAACAGUUGGACAAGAUUAUACCCAUG